AUGUCUUGGGGUGGAUCACCUAAUUGUGCUACUUGUUCAAAAGCUGUUUAUCAUGCUGAACAGGUCAUGGGACCAGGUAGGAAGAUCUACCAUAAACAAUGUCUAAAAUGUAGACAAUGUGGGAAACGUCUUGAUCCUGGUGGUUUGGUCGAACAUGAUAACGAACCUUUUUGUACUCCUUGUCAUAGACAAUUGUUCGGUACGAGGGAUCUUCGUCAUAACAACCUUUACUCUUCCCCUUCUCGUACACAAUCCCCACCUCAAUCAACAACUCCAUCUCUCCCUUCCUUACCUACUUCCCCACUCUCACCUCCACGCCCUCGUCCUUUACCUCAACCACCUACGGAAUUCUAUACCCCUCCUCGACUAUCUGAUCCACCACCAGCAUCACCCACUUUACGUGAAAGGGAAGAUGGAACACCCAUCACAAGACCAGAUUUCAGAAGUAGUAGACCUAUCAGUGUACCAUAUGCCGGAGGACCAAAAGCGUUGGAUGAUAGGGGUUUGUUAAGACAAGGUAAUAGUCCUAGAGCUAAAUGGGGAGAAAAACCUUUAGUAGGUGAAGAAGUUUGUUGGGGUUGUGAGAAAAGAGUUUACGCUGCAGAGCAGGUCUUUGCAGUGGGACAUAAAUGGCACCGUGGUUGUCUCAGAUGUCAUUCGUGCAAAACGACCGUAGAUCCAUCAAGAGUAUCUGAUAGGGACGGGGUACCAUAUUGUAAUAAUUGUUAUGCCAAAGAACAUGGACCGGGAGGAAUCAUGGGUAAACGAUAA